ACCUGUGCCCACUGCCCCAAGCGCUGUCCUCCUGGCUCUCCUUCAUCAGCCCUUGACACCGUCCCUGUCCCUCCUGUUCCUGAAAUGGGCCAAGCACAGAGAAAAAGGUUCUCAUGAACAGGCGACUGUCAGGAAAGGCGCCGAGUCUGUCACCACUCUUCUCACUGUGCACUUCGCACAGUCCUCGUUCCUAGCUCGGCCUCACGUCUUUCCAAGAACAUACUGGGGUCCCGCUCAGUGUUCACUUCUCAGUCUGCCCCACGCUGUUCAGGACCCUAAACUUCGUCUGUUAUCUGAGAUACUCCUUCCUCUCCCCUCCCCCUCGGGCGGUUCAACUUCCCGGGCUCUAUUCUUCCCCUUCAGUUGUCUCCUCCAAUGCUUUCCUGCCCGUCCGGGGAGGGACCCGGGGCUGCCCCGUGCUGCCUCUUUAGCUUCACGUCCCUCGCCGAGCCCCUUCACCUCAUCCAUCCCCGCGUCAGGCUCUCCAGAUUCCCGGGCUGUUUGCUGCGCCAUCCUCUUCAAUGUCUGUCUGAACAGCCUUUAGGAAGAGUGUGAGCGAAAGAGAGAGCGCGCGCCCAGGGAGAGGAGACAAGAAGAUGAGGAUAAUUUGCACACAGAUUGUCUUGUUAUUUUCUGGAUUUUGGGGACUCGCCAUGGGAGCCUUUCCGAGCAGCGUGCAGAUAGGUGGUCUCUUCAUCCGAAACACAGAUCAGGAAUACACUGCUUUUCGAUUAGCGAUUUUUCUUCAUAACACCAGCCCCAAUGCGUCGGAAGCUCCGUUUAAUCUGGUACCUCAUGUGGACAACAUUGAGACAGCCAACAGUUUUGCUGUGACAAAUGCCUUCUGUUCCCAGUAUUCCAGAGGAGUAUUUGCCAUCUUUGGACUCUAUGAUAAGAGGUCCGUGCACACCCUGACCUCCUUCUGCAGCGCCUUACACAUCUCCCUCAUCACACCCAGUUUCCCGACCGAGGGGGAGAGCCAGUUUGUGCUGCAGCUGAGGCCUUCGUUACGAGGAGCGCUCCUGAGUCUGCUAGACCACUAUGAAUGGAACUGUUUUGUCUUCCUGUAUGACACAGACAGGGGAUACUCGAUACUCCAAGCUAUUAUGGAAAAAGCAGGACAAAAUGGCUGGCACGUCAGCGCCAUAUGUGUGGAAAACUUUAAUGAUGUCAGCUACAGGCAACUUCUAGAAGAACUUGAUAGAAGACAAGAAAAGAAAUUUGUAAUAGACUGUGAAAUAGAGAGACUUCAAAACAUAUUAGAACAGAUUGUAAGCGUUGGGAAGCAUGUGAAAGGCUACCAUUAUAUCAUUGCAAACUUGGGGUUCAAGGAUAUUUCUCUUGAGAGGUUUAUACAUGGGGGAGCCAAUGUUACAGGAUUCCAGUUGGUAGACUUUAAUACGCCUAUAGUAACCAAACUAAUGGAUCGCUGGAAAAAACUAGAUCAGAGAGAGUAUCCAGGAUCUGAGACUCCUCCAAAGUACACCUCUGCUCUGACUUACGACGGAGUCCUUGUGAUGGCUGAAACUUUCCGAAAUCUUAGAAGGCAGAAAAUCGAUAUCUCAAGAAGGGGAAAUGCUGGGGAUUGUCUGGCGAAUCCUGCAGCUCCAUGGGGCCAGGGCAUUGACAUGGAGAGGACCCUCAAACAGGUUCGAAUUCAAGGGCUGACAGGGAAUGUUCAGUUUGACCACUAUGGACGCAGAGUCAAUUACACAAUGGAUGUGUUUGAGCUGAAGAGCACGGGACCUAGAAAGGUUGGUUACUGGAACGAUAUGGAUAAAUUAGUCUUAAUUCAAGAUGUACCCACUCUUGGCAAUGACACAGCAGCUAUUGAGAACAGAACAGUGGUUGUAACCACGAUUAUGGAAUCCCCAUAUGUCAUGUACAAGAAAAAUCACGAAAUGUUUGAAGGAAAUGACAAGUAUGAAGGCUACUGUGUAGAUUUGGCAUCUGAAAUUGCAAAGCACAUUGGGAUCAAGUAUAAAAUUGCCAUUGUCCCUGACGGGAAAUAUGGAGCAAGGGAUGCGGACACCAAAAUCUGGAAUGGGAUGGUGGGAGAGCUUGUGUAUGGGAAAGCAGAGAUUGCCAUUGCCCCUCUGACGAUCACUUUGGUACGAGAGGAGGUCAUCGACUUCUCCAAGCCCUUCAUGAGUCUGGGCAUAUCCAUCAUGAUCAAAAAGCCUCAGAAGUCGAAGCCGGGCGUGUUUUCCUUCCUGGACCCUCUGGCCUAUGAAAUCUGGAUGUGCAUAGUCUUUGCCUACAUUGGGGUCAGCGUGGUCUUAUUCCUCGUUAGCAGGUUUAGCCCCUACGAGUGGCACACGGAAGAGCCAGAGGACGGAAAGGACGGGCCCAGCGACCAGCCCCCCAACGAGUUCGGCAUCUUCAACAGCCUCUGGUUCUCCCUGGGCGCUUUUAUGCAGCAAGGAUGUGACAUUUCACCCAGAUCUCUCUCAGGUCGGAUCGUUGGAGGUGUUUGGUGGUUCUUCACACUCAUCAUAAUAUCAUCUUACACUGCCAACCUCGCCGCGUUCCUGACGGUGGAGCGAAUGGUCUCCCCAAUAGAGAGUGCGGAAGACCUGGCCAAACAAACAGAAAUUGCCUAUGGAACGCUGGAUUCAGGCUCGACAAAAGAAUUCUUCAGAAGAUCAAAAAUAGCAGUGUAUGAAAAGAUGUGGACCUACAUGCGGUCAGCAGAGCCGUCAGUGUUCACGAGGACCACAGCUGAGGGAGUAGCUCGCGUCCGCAAAUCCAAGGGCAAAUUUGCCUUUCUCCUGGAGUCCACUAUGAAUGAAUACAUUGAGCAGCGAAAGCCGUGUGACACGAUGAAAGUGGGAGGCAAUCUGGAUUCGAAAGGCUAUGGAGUAGCCACGCCCAAGGGUUCCUCAUUAAGAACUCCUGUAAACCUUGCCGUUUUGAAACUCAGUGAGGCAGGCGUCUUAGACAAGCUGAAAAACAAAUGGUGGUACGAUAAAGGUGAAUGUGGACCCAAGGACUCUGGAAGCAAGGACAAGACGAGUGCCUUGAGCCUGAGCAACGUGGCAGGCGUCUUCUACAUUCUGGUUGGCGGCCUGGGCUUGGCCAUGCUGGUGGCUUUGAUAGAGUUCUGUUACAAGUCCAGGGCAGAAGCGAAGAGAAUGAAGCUGACCUUUUCUGAAGCCAUCAGGAACAAAGCCCGGCUGUCCAUCACCGGGAGCGUGGGGGAGAACGGCCGCGUGCUGACGCCGGACUGCCCCAAGGCGGUGCACGCCGCGGCCGCGGUCAGGCCCAGCGCCGGCCUGGCCGUGCUCGCCGCCGACCUGCCCUGAAAACCAAAAACACCGUCGCGUGCCUUAAUCCCGCCGAGUCGGAGACUGUGCAGCCGCAGCCCGGGCGCCGAGUGCAUGAGCUCAGCGCGGAAACCCAGCUCAGAUUUUAUAUCAGGAAAACUCACCACUUAGGUUUUCUCGGGGAGCGGGUGGGGGGAAGCUGGGAUGGGUGUAUUAACAGCAACAAAUUUCGCUCGAGUGGACUUAAAAACUAAUCAGACUUUGCGAGGUAGCGCAUUUAACUGAAGUCCUUGCUCAGAAAGGCCUUGUCUUCACCGCAAAGGAGAAAAGCGCUCUGGAAGUCGGAGACUUUGCUGCCCGGUGUCUGCAGAACCCACUGCGGCCGAUGCAGGAACAUCCAGCCGAGAAGACACAGAGAUAAACUGUGAUACCAGAAAUAAUAAACAAACAUGUAAAUCCCGUGGGAAAAACACUUAAAAAGGAAGUAUUUACACUGACUUUGGAGAAAACAAAUCCUGACACAUGCUUGCUUUUUAACCGACAUAAAUUCAGUAGAGGACAAUGCGAUUCUUUUUUCUAACCAUCUUAGGGAACAAUACAUUGCAAUAAUUGAUAUAAAUGCCAUCACUGUAAUAAACUCUAGAGACUUUUUUUAUAAAAGUUGUUGGUCAUCUUGUUUGCAGUAACCUUCACUCUGUCACAUGAGUCGCUUCACAGAGUGUGUCUGUCUCACCACCAGGAAGAGAAAAAGAGAAAGAAAACAAAUUUAAA